AUGACUAUGGAUGAGAAAUAUGUGAACAGCAUUUGGGAUCUUCUAAAAAAUGCAAUCCAAGAGAUCCAGCGUAAGAACAAUAGUGGUCUCAGUUUUGAGGAGCUAUAUAGGAAUGCAUAUACAAUGGUGUUGCAUAAACAUGGUGAAAAACUCUACACUGGACUAAGAGAAGUGGUCACUGAGCAUCUAAUAAACAAGGUCCGAGAAGAUGUGUUAAACUCCUUGAAUAACAACUUUCUACAAACACUAAACCAAGCAUGGAAUGAUCAUCAGACAGCAAUGGUGAUGAUUAGAGACAUUCUGAUGUAUAUGGUGGGUAUUCAGCUUUUUCACACACUUAACUUGAUGCAAGAAAUUGUCUUUUGA